UCCAGAUUUGGCACCACAAACAACACCAACACUUAGCUUCCACAUGGCUUCACGCUCAAAUUAGUUGCUAGUGAAUUACACCAUGAAAUACAAGAGAGGUUUAACUAGAAAUGCAACUCAACUAACUUUGACCUUUUAAGAUCUCUCUCUCUCUCGUGAUUAUCGCUUGAUCUGAACUCUGAACCAUCUUCUUGUAGCUGUCUCUUUCACUGUAACUAUUAUACUACUAGUAUUUUUCUGUGCAGGCGAUCACUACAAUAUUUGCUCGCAGAAGAAUCAACGUCCGACAUGUUUGUCACUAAGCCAUAAUACCGCGGUUUUACGGCUUCAACUCAGAAACUUACAAAAGAUUGCGAGGAGAAGAAAUACUUGCUGUCACCAUCCUAGGGUGUACCAAGUUCUGUUUCCUGAGUAAUGGCAAACAAGAAGCAUAGCCGGAGAAGGGAAAGGUUUCGCUGGUGGUUUUCGAGGAAGAAAAAGAAAGCUGAUCCAUUUGAUUCAGGUGCAGGAAUCACAGGUUCUACAACAAUAACCUCCCCAUUCCUGUUCAGUGAAGUAUUUAUAUUACCUUCUUCCCGUGUUGAUUACUCACUGGUUUCUAUAGAAGAUGCGGUUGAAGAAGAUGCUGGCUUCUGUGGCUGGUCGAUGGAGAUGGACCCACGCAUUUCAACCCAUGAAUUAAGAGUCUUCGUCGGCACUUGGAAUGUUGCGGGAAGAUCUCCCGUACGCAGUCUAGCAGCGGAUUUGGACGAAUGGCUGAACCUUAAAGACAUUGAUCACACGGCAGACGUUUAUGUUCUUGGAUUCCAGGAAAUUGUUCCCUUGAAUCCACAAAGCAUCAUAGCUGGAGAAAACGCAACGGAAGCGACAAACUGGAACAUGCUCAUUGGAAAAACUCUGAAUGACAAAUAUGGAUGCCCUUGGCUAACACCUAUGCUAAACCCGAUUAACAGCGAUGAUUAUUACUAUUCGGGAAUCCCAGAAACUGAAAGACGAUAUAUUUCCAGAAGCCAAAUUACUACGCAAUUAAGAAGUCAAACUAGAAGCCAGACAGGGCAGUCAUAUAGGUACAGUAGGUACAAAUUAAUAGCCAGCAAGAAGAUGGUUGGAGUAUUUAUUAGUGUUUGGAUAAGAAGAGAGUUGCUGAAGGCAUAUAGCAUAUCGGAUGUGAGAGUUUGUUCAGUGGCCUGUGGCAUCAUGGGUUAUUUGGGGAACAAAGGAUCUGUUUCCGUCAGUAUGUCAAUCGGAGGAACUAGUUUUUGUUUCAUUGCUGCUCACUUGGCUUCUGGGGAAAAGAAAGGUGACGAAGGGAAGAGAAAUUACCAAGUCUCAGAAAUUUUCCGGCGCACAUCUUUUCCACGGCUCCCUCGUGAUGGCAAUCUUGAGCCUCCGACCAUCUUGGGACAUGACCGGGUAUUCUUGUUUGGGGAUCUCAACUAUAGGCUCUAUCUGGAAGACAAUUUAGCCAGAGAGUUGAUAAGGAAGCAAGAUUGGAAAGCAUUGCAGGAGUUUGAUCAGUUGCAGAAGGAACUUGAAGAUGGCGGAGUAUUCCAAGGAUGGAAAGAGGGAAGCUUAGAAUUUCCACCUACCUAUAAGUACUCUUCCACUAACAGUAAUCGUUAUUCAGGUGGACUUCCAAGCAGAGCACGGGAGAAGCAACGAACCCCAGCAUGGUGUGACAGAAUUUUAUGGUACGGUAAAGGGGUCAAACAGAUCUCCUAUUUCCGUAGCGAAAGCAAGUUCUCUGAUCACCGGCCUGUCUCUGCUCUAUUCUCCGCGCAGAUAGAGGCUGAUAAGCGUGCCAAUUGCAGGCUUGUUGUGCCAGCACUUGUACCUAGUGGAACUCCAUGCAGCAUCGCGGAGCAAGCAAACGGAGAAGCUACAACAACAUUGACAUCCUUGAUUAAAACGGAUGCAGAUGCAUGCCCAACUAAUAGAUAACCCGAACAAUACUUUGCUUCAGCGGGGAGACUGUUUGAUCAAGUUCACUUUGGACAAUUUCAACCUCAGCAGCGGUUUUAGAGACUCCUUCUGA